AUGCUAGCCCUGUCCACCUUCUUCAGCGUAAGGAUGGGCAUCAGGCAGUUCUAUUCAGACUCCUCAAAAGUGGACCUAUCCCGAGUUCAGAAACACGUUCAGCCCAAAAUUAAUCAGCUAUCACUAUCGCACAGUUUUCCAAAGAAACCAACUUCGCAAAGGCGAAUUCUUCGACGGAGGGAUCGAAAGCUGUCUAGCUCUGGCGAGGUUCUGAACGUGGGUGACGGGAUGCAAGACAGACGGUUCCUGACCUUACGAAUGGCCUGUUCUCGAUUACACAGGGACCAUCCCCAACAGUUUGACGAAGCAGAGAUGCUGGGUAACCUGGUGUACAACGACAGUCAAAAUGCUACCUUGGUCUUCUGUGACUAUAUGCCGGGGAUCACCGGAAUGAGCCAGCAGCUGUACGGCUUAGUGAACUCGGUUAUACAAAGUCAAGAAACCCUGAAAACCUUGGAUGUCAAUUCCGACCAGAUUCAUUUCAGUAACCUCAGAAACGUCUCAUUUCUUCGUGGACACAAACUUUUACGCGACUCUCUAAAGGUUGUGUUUGUAAGGGAGCCUUACUCUAGACUUCUGCAGGUCUACCUACAGAUGUUCUUCAUCACUUACCGCGGCCGGACAAAUGCUUACGAAAAUGCGUCGUGGGCCAAUAAAACUGCAUCAGUCACAACUUGCCCUCAAAGUCUUUCCUUUGCUCACUUCCUGAAAAUGUUUCUAGAAAUGUAUAAAAAGUCACCUGGUCGCAUUUUGAUAAAGAACGGUGCGCUCGACCAAAGAUGGAACUCUGUGCACGAAAGCUGUGGACCUUGUCAAGUAAGUUAUGACUACAUCGGCAAACUCGACAAUCUGGGCCUCGAGCUGAAGUCCAUGUUUUCUGCAUCACAUUUUGAAAAGUUUUACAAUGUGAAACAAAUAGUAAGUAACUGGAAAAGGAAGCUGGUUGAGCAGAUGGUGUCGUCGGCAAUGGACCAGUCUAUGAGGAGUUGCGUCCCCUUACAGUUGGCUUUAGGCAGGAUUUGGACAGGUUUGCAGCUCUUAGGAAUUGUGCCCUUGAAAGAGUCUCUGGUUACGAAAAACACCAACUCUGUGGUGGAUACAAAAAAGGAUUUCAUGGUCCAAAUAGACGAAAUAUUAAAACAGAAAGUGAGCUUUAGAGCAAAGAAUGAAAUGGUAAAAUAUGCUUACCAGCGGGUACCGCAGCAAACGUUACAAGAGCUGAGGAAAGUUUUAUUGCCAGAAUGUCUAUUAUUCGGUUACAACCCCGAUUUGGUGAUGUAA